AUGCUACGAGGCAGCGGUGAGAGCACCGUGCAGCUCAGCCAGCUCGGUACACUACUGUUCGAGCCGGUGGACGGCGGUGUCUCGAGAGCAUGCCGCGGAGCCAGUGCCACCGACAACUCGCCCUUGAACUUCCAGCUGAGCUCGGCCUCAGAUUUGACCUUCUGCCAAUGGCAAUGUAUCAAGAUGGAUACAUGCCAAGGUGUGGAGUACCAUCCUUCCAACUGGCGCUGUGAACUUUGGACCAGGCCGGCUGGUAUUCAAGCAUCAGCAUAUUUUCAGACUGCCGAUUGCUACCGCCGUGUGGCCAAACUGGAGCCGGUGGAUGGUGGUGAUGACAGGGCUUGCAGAGGGGCGAACCCCGACGACAACAACCCGGCCCACUAUGUUGUCCACCCCCAUUCUGUACUGGAUGACUGCGAGCGGCAAUGCAUUGCAACUCCUGAGUGCAGGGGUAUUGAGUACUCCUUUGGAAGAUGCGAGGUUUGGGUCCGGGGUGAGGGUAUUCAAUCAUCGCUGGCGCUUCCAGGCUUUAAAUGCUUUCGAGUCGCACAGCUGGCGACAAGUGCUACGGCAACGACGACAGCCACGGCAACAGCGACAAGCCAGACGGUCACUGCCACGUCUACUGCAUCGACGACCGUGAGCUCUCUCGAUGCACCGCCGGUCGACGACCCACAGCCUUUGGAGUUAGUCUUUCGGGCAGUGGACGGUGGAGUGAAUCGUGCCUGUCGUGGAGCUGAUGCCAAUGAUAAUUCCCAAAGCUACUUCCAGGUCUUCACAGUCACAGGUUUGGAGGACUGCAAGAACCGUUGCCGGGAGACGACGGGCUGCGUGGGUAUCGAGUUCAUCAACACCCGCUGUGAGGUCUGGACCCGACGUGCGGGCAUCGAAGCGUCCUUCGAGCUGGCCGACUACCAAUGUCUGCAGGCGGUAGCUUUUCAUCCGGUGGACGGCGGAAGCGAUCGGGCCUGCCGUGGUGCCAGCGUCACGGACAAUUCGCCCGAUUACUAUGUAGUCUUCCCCGAGACCUCGCUGGCAGACUGCAAAGACCGAUGUGCGCAGACGGAGGCGUGCAUUGGGAUGGAGUACUCUGAUGGCCGCUGCGAGGUGUGGACCAGGUCCGGAGGCAUCUUGGCCUCGGCCGCCGUGGUCGGCUUCCAGUGCUUCCAGCUCAGCAGCCCCACGAGGCAAGAGCUCUUGGCGGAAGUUGCUGCCUCCACUUGGGAAGUGGUGGGCGGCGGAGUUGAUCGGGAGUGCCGCGGCGCAGACUGGGACGACGACUCCCCUGGCUACUUCUCCGUCGCACACGCGAGCUCUCUUGCUCGAUGCCAGGAGCGCUGCCUUGAGCUGACGAUCUGCAGGGGCGUCGAGUACCGGAUCGGCCACUGUGAGCUCUGGACGCGGCCCGAGGGUAUCGGCGCAACAGCACAGAGGAGCAGCUCGGUUUGCCUGCGUAGGCCAAGCGACACUUCUGCUCCUUCGUCCGGCGGUGGAGCCCCGCGUACCAAGUACGUCGUACAUUACAUGCCGUGGUUUCUAGGCAUCAGGACUCCGGGCUUGUAUGACCAUUGGUGUGUCGGAAACUCGUUCUACGAGAGCUACCUGGGGCUUUAUGAUCAGAACCAGCGCGAGGUGGUUGGGCAGCAGCUGGACCUGAUGAAGUCGAGUGGCAUCGACGGCUUGUGGAUCGAUUACCAGCUCACGUCCUGGGACAGUGUGGUCGACAUGAUUGUUGAUGAGCUCGAGGCACGUGGGAUGGGCGUAGCCAUUGUCGUGGACAAUGCCGUGAACAAUAACAUCUUCAUCGAGGCGCAGGCAAAGCUGGUCCAGUGGGUGGGCCGCUCCCACUACUACCGGCACAAUGGCAUCCCUGUGAUCCCUGUGUUCAACGAUGUGGAGAUCAACUUUCAGGCGCUGCCCUUUGAGGCGUACUACAUGACCAGGAGGGAGGUUCCCCUUCCUGACUGGGCCAAUGGCACAUACCCUUGGAUUACUGCAGACCUUAAGUGGCUGGAGGAGCAUUACAAGAAAGAUCACAGUCUCUCCUCCUUCGCGAUUGGGGCAGCCUACCGAGGCUUUCGUGACUGCUACAGCAAUCGAGUGCUGCACGUUCCCUUCUUGCAGAUGCUGGAGCCUUCUCUCCUCGUGACCAGCAAGUAUCAGCCUGAGUUUGUCCAGGUUCUCACAUGGAAUGAUUACAGUGAGGGAACCAUGAUCGAACCCAGCUGGCUCCGAACUCACGGAUCCUGCCAUGAGCCCUGCAACAACGCGUACUCCUUCUGCCCGACGAGCUUCGACUGCUUCUCAGGCCUCGAGACGCGGGAUUGUGACAAGCCUUAUGGCUCUGAGUUCGGCCCAGCGGAUCCUGCGUGCAGUUCCCCCUACAACAAGAGCGCCUACUCGGAGCUGGACACGUUGAAGCAACACAUCAAUUUGGAGCGGUCAGGGCUCCUCAAUUCCAUCUUUCACACCGGCCUGUUCACGCCCAGUGCCAGCGCAAAGGGGCCAGGCUGGUACUCAAGGGGCCAUCAAUCUGAACAGAAGAACCUGCCGAAGCCGGAAUUCGUCAUGAAAUGA